GGCUGGGCUGGGGGCGGGGCCGAGAAGAGGGGCGGGUGCUUCCGGGCCCACUUUCUCCCGGAUUCAGAAGUUUCAAGCCCAACUGCACUGGAGCUUCUCCUCUCUGAGCGUCAUAACCUGCACCAUGCCCAUGAUCCUGGGUUACUGGGACAUCCGAGGGCUGGCCCAUGCCAUCCGCCUUCUCCUGGAGUACACAGACACAAACUAUGAGGAGAGGCAGUACUCGGUAGGAGAUGCUCCUGACUAUGACAGAAGCCAGUGGCUGAAUGAAAAAUUCAAGCUGGGCCUGGACUUCCCCAAUCUGCCCUACUUAAUCGAUGGGACUCACAAGCUCACCCAGAGCAACGCCAUCCUUCGGUACAUCGCUCGCAAGCACAACAUGUGUGGGGAGACAGAGGAGGAGAUGAUUCGUGUGGACAUUUUGGAGAACCAGGUUAUGGAUGUCCGCUUUGCCAUGGCCAGGAUCUGCUACAGCCCUGACUUUGAGAAACUGAAGCCCGGUUUCUUGAAGGAGAUCCCUGAAAAAAUCAAGCUGUUCUCAGAGUUUCUGGGGAAGAGGCCUUGGUUUGCAGGGGACAAGCUCACCUAUGUGGAUUUCCUGGUUUACGACGUCCUUGACAUGCACCGCAUAUUUGAGCCCAAGUGCCUGGACGCAUUCCCAAACCUGAAGGACUUCAUUUCUCGUUUUGAGGGCCUGAAGAAGAUCUCUGCCUACAUGAAGUCCAGCCGCUUCCUCCCAGGCCCUCUGUUCAUGAAGCUUGCCGUGUGGGGCAACAAGUAGUGCCCGCAACCAGGAGAUGGGCGUGAGGAGCCAGUGCCUUGGAGACCAAGUGGACCUUCCUGCCCGUGGAACCAUCUGUCUUUUUCUUUCUCCUUCUGUUCACUCUAGAUGCUUCCUUGGCCCCCUUAUCUUCCUCCCACCACCCCCCCCCCUUUCCAGCCAUCCUUUAUUUUAGUUUCCCACUUUUUUUUUCUUUUUUUUUUUUUUUUUAGCAAAGGUCCUCCCCCACCCGACAUUAUCCCUCCUGCACUAAAGCCACCCAGACUAUCCUUCCCUUCCAUGGUUGCUUCUGCUGUGAGGAGCCCAGCCAGAUCCCUGGCCCAUGGAGCUUUGUUCUGAGCUGCCAGUAUUGCCCUGAAGACCAGACUUGGCCUGGUGUGAAGUCUGUGCUUCCCAGUGUGGUUCCUGCCCAGCCUGUCUGAUCCCCAGUAAAGCUUUAUCACACCUGC